AUGGCGUCGACAUUACCCAGGCUGCCCGUAUUCGAGGCCAUCGCCCGUCAUGACCCGGACUCGACCGUCGUUAUCCACUCAAACAGCGGGCGCCGGUUCCGAUACGGGGAGUUGCUGGGCGAUGUCUGCAAGGUCCGGAACCGCCUCUACGAGACUGCCGGGAGGGACGAUAUGGAUGGCGAGCGUAUCGCGUUCCUGGUCGAGAACAGCUACGACUAUGUGGUGACCCUCCUCGCUAUUCUUGCAGCCAAGUCGAUCGCAGUACCACUGUCUCCAGCCUUCCCCGCCCCAGAACUGCAGUACAUUCUCAACCACAGCGAGGCCUUGAUGCUCCUGUCUUCGGCAAAGUUCGCCUCGAAGGCGGGGGACGUAUUAAAAACCGAACUGGAUGUCGAGCCUGCCUACCUUCAGUUAGACAAGUUCCAGGGCAAUGGGACCCAUGAGAAGGUCACUCUGGAUAAGUCCUCGGCUGGGGCUGCCGGGAUGAUGCUCUAUACGUCUGGCACCACAAAUCGACCGAAAGGCGUCCUGCUCCCCCAAUCGGUCAUGACAGCGCAAGCUAAAUCGUUACUCCAAGCCUGGGAGUACUCCCCCUCCGACCACCUCCUCCACGUCCUCCCACUCCAUCACAUCCACGGCACCAUUAACGCCAUCUUCACCCCUCUCUUUUCCGGCAGCACAAUCGAGUUCCUCUUCCCCUUCAACGCCGACGCCGUCUGGCGGCGCUUCGCCGCGCCCUUCCUCACGCCGGACCAAACCCACAACGCGGAUUCCCCGCACCACCAACACCGGAAGAUCACCUUCUUCACCGCCGUCCCGACCAUCUACUCCCGCCUGCUCACCACCCACCGGGCUCUCCCGCCGGACAUGCAGAGUGCCACGCGCACCGCCAUCUCCCCCGCCAACCUGCGGCUCGCCAUCUCCGGGUCCGCAGCCCUGCCAACCCCCACCAAGCGCGCCUGGUCAGACCUAAGCGGCGGCAACGUUCUCCUCGAGCGCUUCGGCAUGACCGAGGUGGGGAUGGCGCUCAGCUGCGGGCUGGCGACGGCGGACCGCGCCGACGGCGCGGUGGGGUGGCCGCUGCCCGGGGUGGAGGCGCGGCUGGUGGACGUGGACACGCACCAGGUGAUCGAGCGGGGCGCGGAGCGCGACCGCGACGGCCGCGAGCGCGUCGGCGAGAUCCAGCUGCGCGGCGCCACCAUCUUCGCCGAGUACUGGCGCAACCCCGAGGCGACGGCCAAGGAGUUCGUCGACUCCAAGGACGCCCGCGGCCAGUGGUUCAAGACGGGCGACGUGGCCGUGCGCCGCGCCGUCGACGGCGCCGGCCGCUCCACCUCGCCCAGCCAGCGCGACUGGGCGCGCGGCGACCUGUACUUCAUCCUGGGCCGGCGCAGCGCCGACAUCAUCAAGAGCGGGGGCGAGAAGGUGUCGGCGCUCGAGGUGGAGCGCGAGAUGCUGGCGCUGCCGCAGGUGGCCGAGGUCGCCGUGCUGGCGGUGCCGAGCGGGAAGUGGGGGCAGAAGGUCGGCGCCGUGGUCAUCGUCGACCGCGAGCACGUGCCCGAGGGCCGGUGGUCGCCGCUCGAAAUGCGCCGCGCGCUCAAGGGCCGGCUGGCCGGCUACAAGAUCCCCCAGGUGCUCAAGGUGGUGGAGCACAUCCCGCGGAACGCCAUGGGCAAGAUCAACAAGAAGCUGUUGGUCAAGGAGAUCUUCCAGGACGAGUUCAGCGGGGACGAGCUCUAG